AUGUAUGACAUUCUUGAUUGCUAUGAGAAGGCCUCGGGGCAUAAGCUUAAUAAGCAUAAGACUUCCAUUUUCUUUAGCACAAACACAAAAGAGAAUGUAAAGAGUGAAAUAUAUAAAGAGGCUGGGUCCUAUAUUUGUGAUAGACAUGAGAAAUAUCUUGGUUUGCCUACCAUUAUAGGUAGAUCAAAGUAUAAUACUUUGAGGGGACUUAAAGAGAGGGUAUGGAAGAGGAUUCAGAACUGGAAAAAUGGGUUUUUGUCAAAAGCUGAAAAGGAAAUUCUGAUUAAGGCUGUGUUACAAGCCAUUUCUACAUACACUAUGAGUGUAUUUAAGCUACCUCAGAGAUUGUGUGAUGAGAUUGAACAACUUUUCUCCAAGUUCUGGUGGUCUCAGUAUAAAAAGGAUGAUGAGAUGCAUUGGUGGAAGUGGAGCAGAUUGGGACAGAAUAAAAUGGAAGGUGGAUUGGGUUUUAGGCAACUUGAAGAUUUUAAUUUGGUCAUGCUAGCUAAGCAAGGAUGGAGAAUGUUGAUGGAUCCUACUUCUCUUGUUGCCAGAAUUUUUAAAGAUAAAUAUUUUAAGAAUGUCUCUUUACUUGAAGCCACUUUGGUAAAAAUUUUACAAGCUGAGGAUCGAGUUUGUGAGUUGAUUGAUAAAUCUAGUAGAAGAUGGAAGGUGGAUUUAGUGAGGCAAAUUUUUGAGAAUGAUGAAGCUGAUUUGAUACUGUCUUUACCCCUUAGCCCAGUGGAAGCAAAGGACAAAUUAAUUUGGGGAUACUCAAAAGGAAAGUUCUCGAGAUUGGAGAUUGGGGUGGUAAUAAGAGAUGGUGAGGAUGAAGUUUUUGCUACAAAAUGUGUUGUUAAGUUUGAAGGAGAUGCGAAGGAAGUUAUUGAUGCAGUAAGGAAGGGGGAAAGGUAUGAUUCAAGUGUUGGUCAUCUGGUGAAGGCUUUGCAGUAG